GCGGGCCAUAAGAAAAUGGCAGCAUUGACUCUUCAUCAUCACUCGUGUCUUCAAGCGUCUGGACAUCUGUCACGUCGUCUGUAUCACUCGAAAUUUUCGAGCUUUACACGAAAUCACCUCAGAGAUCUCAGCUUUCGCCUUAGUCCUGCCGAUUUCUCGAGUUUUUUGUUGUCUACACGCAGCACUGCGUUUGCUGUACGAGCUCUGAGUACAGUCUCGGUGGAAGAGUCGCCGGAGAAGAAGAUGGUGAAAGGUAUUAGGGUUUACGAGCAUGGCGGUCCUGAGGUUCUGAAAUGGGAAGAUGUGGAAGUAGGAGAACCAAAGGAGGGUGAAAUACGUGUGAAGAACAAGGCGAUCGGGCUGAACUUCAUUGAUGUUUACUACAGGAAAGGUGUUUACAAGCCAGCUUCAAUGCCCUUCACACCAGGCAUGGAGGCUGUUGGAGAGGUGGUAGCUGUUGGGUCGGGAUUGACUGGCAGAAUGAUCGGUGAUCUCGUUGCUUACGCUGGAAAUCCGAUGGGUGCCUAUGCUGAGGAACAAAUCCUUCCAGCAGAUAAAGUGGUUCCUAUUCCUUCAUCUAUCGAUCCUAUCGUUGCAGCAUCAAUCAUGCUCAAGGGUAUGACUGCACAGUUUCUCCUUCGCCGUUGCUUCAAGGUCGAACGUGGGCACACAAUCCUUGUUCAUGCUGCUGCUGGUGGAGUUGGGUCUCUGUUGUGUCAAUGGGCAAAUGCGCUUGGAGCCACUGUAAUUGGAACUGUGUCAACUAAUGAAAAAGCGGCUCAAGCCAAAGAAGAUGGAUGCCACCAUGUCAUUCUGUACAAAAAUGAGGAUUUUGUUUCCCGGGUCAAUGACAUUACAUCGGGUAAAGGAGUCAAUGUUGUUUAUGACUCUGUGGGAAGAGACACCUUUAAGGGAUCAUUAGCAUGUUUAAAGAGUCGGGGAUACAUGGUGAGCUUUGGACAAUCUUCAGGAUCUCCAGAUCCGAUUCCAUUAUCUGAUCUUGCUCCAAAGUCCCUUUUCCUGACAAGACCUUCCAUGAUGCAAUACAAUGAAACUCGGGACGAGCUCUUGGAAUGUGCGGGAGAGGUUUUCGCCAAUGUUCAAUCCGGCAUCUUAAAGGCUCGUGUGAAUCAUAAGUACCCGUUGUCUCGAGUAGCUGAUGCUCACGCAGAUCUUGAGAAUAGGAUAACCUCUGGCUCCGUUGUGCUCUUGCCGUGAAAAGAUACAUAAAAAGAUGUUAGUAUCCAUCUUUCAAUAAGGGGAAUGUGGAUCCUUUGUGAUGGAAAAAUAUCAAAAUGUACUUUUAUUGGACCUGAAUGACAUUUAUCCUUAAAAGUUAAAACGUAAAUAAAACAAAUAAAUUCACGGGGCAAAA